UCGAUCGAUCGAUGUUAUUUAUGAGAGGUUAUGUUCAACUAAAGUUUAAAUAUUAAUUAAUUGUUAAGUUUAAAUUAUCCUGAAUUAAUAGAAUAGGUUAAGUUAUACAAAGCUUCAAAUAUAACUUAGCCAUGGAGACAUUUGAAAAGGCGCAUGUUUUAAAAAAAGAUAAGAAGAGCGAAGAAAGCAUGAAAAAGCAACUCCGGCAAAUGCUGUACGGCUACAAACACAACGACAACCAGGCGAUCAAGGACGCUGCUGCUAAGCGCGAAUACUUCGAGGACACACUGUCAGUAAGUGGGUUCUCUGAGUUGGACCUCAGCAGUCGUGAUGAUGCCAAAGAGGACAUAUCGGACCCUGACGAUGUCAGUAUCUCAAAUGCUGAUGAACUGGAUACAAGCAUGGAUUCGGAAUUAAGUAAAGAAUUAGAUAUUAAUCAAAGUAAUUCAAACACUGUGGAUUCUAUGUCUGACGAUGAAGACAAAAGCCAUGAACUAUUAGAUGAUAUUAUUCAAGACAGUGACAGCAGUUUUUGUUUUGACCAAACAACUUCCACAGAAAUAGCAUCAGAAAACGAAGUAUUUGAUGCCGAUGGAGCUCUAGCAUCCAAAAUAUUAAAAAACCUAGAAAGUAAAAAUAAAGGUGUUCUGUCAGAGUCUGUAGAGAGUUCAGAUUCAAUGGACAGCUCUGAUAUCCAAGAAAUUGAGAACCUAAAUAAAACUGAAAAGGUUUAUAAAAAAAUGCCUGAGGCAACUGUAACAAAAAGUGAAAAACAAAAGAAAAAUAACAAUAAGCGUAAACUUACUUCUGCAGACCAGCCCUUUGCUAGUUUGACAAUGGACAGAGAUGAUGUGGACAGUGUUUCUGAACAACAGAAUAGACCACAGAAAAACAAAUCCAAGAAAGCUAAUGCAGACAAAAAUAAUAAGAAAGAUAACUUGGACAAUAUUUCUGAACAACCGAAUAGAACUCAGAAAAACAAAACCAAGAAAGCUAAUGCAGACAAAAUUCAUAAGAGUGCAGAUAUAGUAGCUGCAUCAGAUUCAGAGUCAUGCCAGUCCGUGGCUGCCUCCUCGGACCAAGCCUCGUUGCCCAGCAGCCUCCACAGCCCCUCCCCACCCUUUGUCCUGUGUGAUGCUGAAAACACCAUAUAUUAUAAGGAAUUCAAUGAUUUGCUCAGUGCCUACAGGAAUCCCACUAUGAAAAAUCUACCAUCAGAAGUACCAGUGUUUAGUUCCAAGAGUUCAGCAAUGUUCAGUUCCACCUACAACAUUCCUCCCACAGAAGACAGAUCAGCAGAUGAGGAUGUCAGUUCACUCGGGGACCUUGAGUCAGUUUCAUCAGAAAUGGUCAAUGAAAUAGAAUUAAGCCCAGAAUUUAACAGUACAGCUGAACUGCCGGAGCUACCUGUACAGGACUUGUCACUGCAAUCAGAAGAUGUAUCUGAAGCAGAAAGCUCAGUAGAUUUUACAGAAGAACCUGUAAAUACAAAUCAAGUUGAGGCAUAUUGUAGUAAGAAUUGCUGUAUAUUUGUUCUAAGACAUCCCGCUGAGCUGUACAUGCAUGGGAAAGUAGUGGCUACCGCUUUGGCCGGGACCACUGAGGCAGUGGGACACAUACUGAAGGACAGUUGUAAGAUCUAUGCACCAUACAUCAACUAUGCCCAAUGUUUGAAGACUGUAGAGUGUGAGAAUUCAUAUUAUGGUUUGUUUAGUAAACUAACAGCAGCCGGCUUGUCAGUGGCUGAGGCAGAAGACAUUGUGACUUCACUUGGAGAGUAUGACUCAGUUAUACAGUUGAAGCCCUUAAACAGCCGCAAGCUGGACUUUGUUGAGAACAACUUCAAUGUGACAGACUUGUUCAACAAGCCCAUCAGAACUGUGGAGAGCAGUCUGAGGCAAGCCUCCGAGAAACUGGGAUGCUCCUUCUAUCUGCAAAGGCCAUGGAAAUACUUUGACGAAAAAGAUGUCUGGCGUAAAGUUAUACAAACAGGAUUCAAACCCCACAGCCGAGGCCUCGUGUGCGGCGGCAAGGGCACGGGCAAGUCGACGUUCCUGCGGUACUACGUGAACCGGCUGGCGGCGCGCGGGCCCGUGCUGGUGCUGGACCUGGACCCCGGCCAGUGCGAGUUCACCGUGGCUGGCUGCGUGUCCGCUACAGUCGUCACGGAGCCGCUGCUCGGACCCAACUUCACGCAUCUGAAGACACCGGAAAGGAUGUUGAAUAUCGGAAUGAUAAACGUAAUGGACAACUUGAGACGGUACACAAACGCUGUCGCGUCUCUGAUCAGCUACUGCAGCAGCCGGGAGCAGUACCGGCGCAUGCCGUGGAUCGUCAACACAAUGGGGAUGUGCACUCCGGUCGGCCUCAAGUUGUUAACGCUCAUAUUACUGCACCUGAAACCUACUUUUGUUGUGCAAAUGGACUCCACUAAUGCGAAGAAGCGAUUUGAAUGCAACUUGGACGCGCAGACCGUUAUGGCGAAGUGUUCCAAUGAAUUCCGCUAUGAAAGGCUGCUAAAGGACGUGAGAUGUCCAGGGAACCUAGACUAUGAGUAUUUCCUGUCUGAGCAGUACACAGAGGGCGUUGGUCGUGGGAACAACUACUGCCUGGCGCCUCGGGACGAACGCUACUUGAACUAUUUAGCCUAUUUCGGAGAACUGAUGGACUUGCACAAAGAUACAGAGUUUCUAGGAAUUGUCCCUUACGAAGUCCCUCUCGCGGCUCUGAGGGUAGGAGCGAACGUGAGGCUGGAGGCGGCGGCGGCGGGCCGCGUCAUCAACGGCAAGGUGGUCGCGCUGUGUCAACACGGGCCGGCUGAUAGCACUAGCAAAAUAUUUACACUCGAUGAUAAACCUAUCUUGUGCCAUGGAUAUGGUUUGGUCCGCGGGGUGGACUACGAGUCGGGGCUGGUGUACGUGGUGACGCCGGCGGCGCGGCUCGGCGCGGUGGACACGCUGGUGUACGCGGACUGGGCGCCCGAGCUGCGCGGGCCGGAGCGCCGCCUGCCCGCCGGCGCGCCCGUGCCCUACCGCACCGCCACGCUCCACAACCAGAAACAACUCCUCUUCACACCCAAGAGAAGAUUCAACCCUCUACAGUUCCUAAAAAUGUCAAGGAGCGCCUAAAUUGAAAUCUCCAGUUUAUACUUAAAAAUUGUAAUUGGAAUAGAAAUCCAAAAUCUUAAAAAUUAUAAAAGGAAAUCUAUUUUAUGUUAAUUCAUGUAUAUUUGAAAGAUAAUUUUGUACUUACAAUACUAAUAAAACAUAACAUAGAUGAUGAUUUUAACUUAAAUAUUCCCAUCCUAAACACCUUGAAUCAUAAAUGCGGUAUUAAUUUUUUUAUUAAAGUCAAAAAGUCUAGAAAAGUAAUUGUUAAAACAUGGGGUUUUAUUACUAAUAAAUUAUAUUAGCAUGCAAUGUAUUUCAUAUGGAAGUUAAAAUUUCACACAAAUAAAAGAUUAUAAUAUAACUGCCCUACACAUGGACGUCUCACAGACGCGUCUGGCUGAGCUGACGGCACUUGGCUGAGUCAGAGAGGUCAAAUAAACAUCCUACACAAUUAUACAUCACUAUUUAAUUGAAAAAAUAUUAAAAUACGAAACUAAACAAUCGAGUCGCGGUGAGGGUACACCGGUCGAGGAAUAUUCUAUAUGUUGAAGAAAUGCUACUUGAUUAUAUAACAUGAUAGUAUAGCACGAAAAAUCUCAGUGGACCCGCGGAGACGGGAGUCCACACUCGCCCCAGACUACAUUUGAUAAGGCAUUUACGCUUAUUCUUUAUAGAUAAUCUAUAAAAUAUACAAGUACCAAUUGUGAAAGUGUAGCCACACGAAUACUGAGUGGGUGUGCGUGCAGCGCCGCGACAGUCAGCUGUCAGUAUCGGAAGGAAGCACUGUGUGGCGGACGUCGCGACUCAUGCAGAGCCCGAGUCGUUUCAAACGUAAGUGUUCAGGCAGUAUGCGAACCAUU